AUGACCACCGAGACGUUUUCGAAGGAGUUGGACGCUCACAUCGUGACCUUGUUAACGAGGAUCUCGUCGUUCAAAGAGAACAACGCGGAACCGGUAGAAAAGAAAGCACCCAUGUCGAUAGAGGCUCGCAGUCUCGAGCUCUGGAGAGCCGUGGCCGUAGAGUGUUUCGCAACUUUCCUCUUCAGUCUCGUUGUAUCCGGCGCAGCUGCGUCUUCCGCGGUUUCCGGAAGCGGACUCUCUGUCUUGGCCACCGCUGUCGCAUCCGGCUUCGCGAUCUCGGCGAUCUGCUUCAUCUUUGGCCACAUCAGUGGUGGCCACGUGAAUCCAGCUGUCUCGGUGUCUUUCGCUUUGUGUCGACGGAUUUCUCUUCUCCGAGCUGCUCUCUAUGUCGCCGCACAGUGCGGAGGUGGAAUAGCCGGUGCUGCGAUGCUGUACGGAGGCGAGAUAGGAGGCCCCAAGAGGGCAGCUGCUAGAUACGGAAUCCAAGAAAGCCGCGUGGUCGGGCCCCCGGAAGCUUUCUCAUCCCUCCAGAAUGUUUUACAACCAUUUUAA